AUGCCUCGAUACUGUUUGUUCGGUGAUACGGUUAACACCGCUAGCCGAAUCGAGAGCAAUGGAAAACCUGGCCAAAUUCAUAUUUCCACAGAUACGAUGAGGUUUUUGACCCAAGUCAUUGGUGGCUAUAAGACGGAGCCACGAGGGGAAGUAAUAGUUAAAGUAAGUGUUACACGGGAUGCUAACAGACUCUCCGGUAAGGACAACAGCGCGUGUUCGUUCCCCACCGCGUACACCUGCGGUCCGGAGCUUUGCAAGUGUCUCAGCACUACAUACUAA